CACUUAUAACGGCGCUCUACUCUCGCGAGCGCUCAUUCGACUCGCUAGCAACGGCAAAGCAACAAGUGAGUAUUGGCCAACGCUGUGUUACUACGCUCGUCAACCUCCUACCCUUACGCCCCUUCUCGACGAGACGCCUUAACCGAGAUCGUAAUGGCCGCUGUUGUUUUGGGUUUGUGGCUGGCAGGACUUGGGACUCCGUUUCUUGUGAUGUCGUCACCAGCUCCCGCCAUGACAGCUCCUAUCGCCGGGAUCAAUCAGGCACUUGACACAUCAGACUCGUUCAGGCAAUAUCCAGAUCUAGAUGACGUGGCCCUCGACAGACUGGCGGCCCACCUGACGGAGCUCCUAGAGGACGAGACGGCCGAAGCGCCCCUGGUCUACAUCGAGGGUCCCGGACCCCUGGACGAUGUCCCGGUCGGCGGACCGGAGGUGUGGAAGCGGUCACGCUACUACCGACGCUACCCCUGGAAACGCCAGAACCGUGGCUACGAUCCUGAGGGAUAUCUUUGCAACCCGUCUCGCGAGGACGUAUUUCAGCUACUGGUCGCACUGCACGAGGCGAGAGAGGGGAAUUUGUCGCGCACAGUCAGCUUCUGCAACCGUCGUCGACCUGCGCGCGCAAUCUUCACCAACAUCCGCUUUCUCGGCCGUCGCAAGUGAACGAUGCGCAACCACCACGCCCAAAGACAACAGAAUAGUACAAUAUUCUAUUGAAAGACAAUAGAAUAGUACAACUUUCUAUUGAAUGACAAUAGAAUAGUACAACUUUCUAUUGAAAGCCAAUGGAGUAGUACAGUAUUCUAUUGAAUGACAAUAGAAUAGUACUACUUUCUAUUGAAAGACAAUAGAAUAGUACAAUAUUUCAAUUGUCUUUGCAACUAAAUAACGUGACUAAGA